ACACGCAAACUCACCCACCCUCCUUAUCCCGCGACACAGCGACCUAACAUGGGUGAAAUCCAAAAACUUCACAACGGGCGUCUGGGGUUUCUGCCCCGUCCUCAGCGACAAAGUCUCGAGCCCUACAAGAUUCUGCGUGUCGUUUCAGAGGCCGUGUGUGGAUUAUGCGAAGAGUGAUAAGGAUCGGUCUAGCGGUGGGGUCAUUCGUUUUGUUCUCGCUGGGAUGUCGGGUGAGGAUGAGCGGACUGAUGUGGCUUUUUUUGUAUGCAGACAAAUCCUCAGUAAUGACAUUCAUGGCCCUGCACAUCCUCGCCUGGCUCUUCACCUGCAUCGCGCUCGUCCAAACCGCGCUAAGGAGACCGAUCAGACAGCCCGCUGUUUACGCUUUCAUUGCCGCUAUCUGCACCACCAUAAGCACAUCCCUCGCGACGACAUUCUCCACCUGCACCCUCGACCUCAUCCGCGCCUCGCUGCACGACAAGACAGCCCAGCUCGGACCUGCGCGGAUGCUCUCCUACGCCGCUGCCGCGCUACUCUUCCUUGCCGGCAUGCUGUUUUGGUUUGAGUUCAAGUUUGUCAAGAAGUUGCAUGAGAGUAUUGUUGUCGUGGGUGGGGGAAAGAAGAAGGAUGCGCAUGGGGGGCAUGGGAAGGAUGCGCAUGGACAUGGGAAGGAUCAUGGGCAUGGAGGAGGGCAUGGGAAAGGACACGGGGAUCAUCAUGUGUGAGGUGGAGCUUGCACCCUUCGUUGUUGAGGUUGUGCAACUGUAGGCACUGUAUUAUCUGUUUGUUCUGACUAUCGCGUAUCCCCCAACGGCGUGGUUUUAACAUAGUCUCCCCCUCCCUCCAUAACCCGUCCGGGACCGUUGAGCAAAGGCGGCUUAUGACU